AUGGCCGAGUCACAGAAACCAACGCCAACGGGCAUCAAAGUGAUUGUGGUGGGUACGGGCUUCGCGGGGCUGACAGCCGCGAUUGAAUGCCACCGCAAGGGACAUGAUGUCUUGGUGCUAGAGAAAUUCCCAGAGAUCAAAUUACUAGGUGACAUCAUCUCCUUCGGGCCCAACUCGUCGCGGCUCUUCCGUCGAUGGCCUGGUGUGGCCGAGAAGAUGGAGCCGCUGAGCAUGCGGGCUGACGCUAUCACCAUCAAGUCAUGGAAAGGCGAGACCCUUUUCACGCAGUACUGGGAAGGAGAGGACCAAGAAUUCGGGAUCCGCUAUGACGGCCACCGAGGAGAGUUCCACGAGAUCGUCUACAACCACGCCAAGGAGAUCGGUGUCAAGAUCAGACUGAAUGCGCGAGUUGACGACUACUUCGAGGAUGACAAAGAAACCGGCGUUGUCCUGGAGAACGGCGAGCGCAUCACCGCAGACGUGGUGGUCGCGGCCGAAGGCGUGCGCAGCAAGGGCCGCAAGAUCGUGCUCGGCUUCGAGGACAAGCCCAAGCCGUCGGGCUACGCGGUGUACCGCAGCUGGUUCAGCACCAAGGACAUCGCGCAGGACCCGGACAUCAAGUUCCUGACGGAGGGCGGCGACAAGCACAUCGCGUGGAUCGGGCCCGACGUGCACUUCAUCGGGGCGUGCAUGAAGAAGGGGCAGGACUUCUCGUGGGUCUGCACGCACAAGGACGACGCGGACAUCGAGGAGAGCUGGCAGCUCGAGGCCCCCCUGUCGGACGCGCGCAAGGUGCUCGAGGGCUGGGACCCCGUCAUCCAGAAGAUCCUCGACAAGACGCCCUCGCCGCUCGUCGACUGGAAGCUCGUCUACCGCGACCCCCUGCCCACCUGGAUCUCCAAGGGGCGGCGCAUCGCGCUCAUCGGCGACUCCGCGCACCCCUUCCUGCCCACGUCGAUCCAGGGCGCCUCGCAGGCGAUGGAGGACGGCGUCACGAUCGCCGUGUGCCUGCGGGAGUGCGGGGGGCCGGACAAGGUGCGGGAGGCGGUGGCGGCGUUCGAGGCGAUCCGGUACGAGCGCGUCAAGUCGGCGCAGAAGACGGGCGAGCAGACGCGCGACAUCUGGCACAAGGCCGACAUCGACGCCGCCAAGAAGAACCCCGAGAGCAUGCGCCUGCGCCGCGAGGCCUGGAUCCUCGGCUUCGACGCAGAGAAGUACGCCGAGGAGCAGUACGCCCGCACCGUCGAGGUGCUGAGGCGCACGGGCUUGCGGGAUACCACCGAGGCGAGGAAGCUGCAUGUGCCCGAGAGCACGGACGGGUAUCUCGAGUACACGAAGGGAGCAGCAGCGGCGGCGGCGGCGCCCGUGGCGAAGGAUACGAUAUCGACGGCGGCGCAUGCGGCGGCGGGGACGGUGGUCGCGUGA